UGCUCCUCCCCCACACGGAAGGGGUGGAACUGUUCCCUCCUCUUCUCCCUCCUCCUUCUCCAGCGGCCACCAGGGACCCUGAGAUCCACCAGCCCGGGACCCCACGGCCAGGUCGGCUGCACCGCCCUCGGGGACCUCCUGCAGCAGGGGACACACAGUGCCGGAGGCUGCCGGUCCAGAACAUGUCUCCACCCGCCCCAGCCUCUGUGGCUCCAGGCUUCACCCUUCCUCAUCCAUGGCCAACCCGGGCCCAUCACUCCAUGGCGCCUUAGACAUUCUAAGAGCCGUGGGAAGGGACAGGCUGGUCCGCCUGAAAGACAAGCUGGGGAGUCUGGAUCCAGGCAGUCAGGAGUCCAAGCUUCUUCACGCCAUGGUGCUCCUGGUUCUGGGCCAGAACACUGAGGCCAGGACCUCUUUGGAGUCCUUGAAGGCGGACCCGGUGGCGCAGCUGGUGGCCCGCCAGUGGACAGGGGUGGACAGCACAGACUGCUCUGAGGAGCGCCCAGAUGUGUCCUGGUCCGUGGCUCGCCUGUACCACCUGCUGACCGAGGAGAACCUGUGUCCUGCUUCCGCAAGGGACAUGGCUUACCGGGAGGCCCUCCAUGACCUCGCCCCCCAGGGUAGCCACUUGCUGGGCCAACUCCAGAAGGAGGCCCAGGAUCAUUGCAGUUCAGACAUCACCGGGGACCACUGUGGCUUCCAGCCACUCCAUUCUGACCAGGGUUGCCUGCCGCCUUCUUCAGCAUCCCCCUCAGUAACCAGAAGCCAGCCUCUACCCAUCGACACCUCAGACUGGAGCCAGGGACAUUCCCUCCACUCCACCAGCAGCGUCGCUUCACUGGCUAGCCACCUGGAAAUCAGCCAGUCACCCACCCUGCCCUUCCUCUGUCCACACCGUGGAACCCAUGGGCCCAGCAAGCUCUGUGAGACACUCCCCGCCUCCCCUGAGCCUCAGCUUGUCCCUGCAGGCUGCCAAGAACCCGAGGAAGGGAGCUGGCCCCUGUCAGUGGAGGCCAGCGUCCCCUUGGGGUCACCACACAGAACUGGGGACCCAGAGGUGUCCCCUGAGGUGGCUUCGGCCAUCCUCCCUGACUCUCUGGCUGCUCCAGACACGAGCGUCCACUGCCCGGUUGAAUGCACAGAGGUGUCUACAGGCUCCCAGCCUCUCCUGCCAGCCACCACGGAAGGCAUCAGAAAGCAGCCGUCUACCACACAUCAGAUGUCACCUCCGGGCUCUGUAGGAGAUGGCAGUCUGCAGACCACCACGUGCAGCCGCUCUGCCCAGCCACGGUCCCCCCAGACCUCCCCUACACGGCCUCCUUCCCCUCAGGCCUCCACGCCCUUCCCCGGCAACUGCCCUGCUCCCCCAGCCUCCAUGUCCCCUAUUGUGGACCACUUGGAAACAUCUGAGCAGAAGUUCUAUAACUUUGUGGUCAUCCAUGCCAGGGCUGAUGAGCACGUGGCCCUACGUAUCCGGGAGAAGCUAGAGACCCUUGGGGUACCCGAUGGGGCCACCUUCUGUGAGGAAUUUCAGGUGCCUGGGCGUGGGGAGCUGCAUUGUCUCCAAGAUGCCAUCAACCACUCAGGGUAUACUAUCCUCCUCCUGACCACCAACUUUGAUUGUCGCCUGAGCCUGCACCAAGUCAACCAUGCCCUUAUGAACAGCCUCACGCAGUCGGGAAGGCAGGACUGUGUGAUCCCCCUCCUCCCACUGGAGUGCUCCCAGGCUCAGCUCAGCCCCAACACGACCAGCUUGCUCCACAGCCUUGUGUGGCUGGAUGAACACUCCCCUAUCUUUGCCAGGAAGGUGGCAAACACCUUCAAGCCACAGAAACUCCAGGCACACCGGAUACGCUGGAAGAAAGAGCAGGAGACCAGAGCCCUCAAGGCGCAGAGCGCACAGCUGGAGGCUGAUCGGCAAAGGGUGGCUGCCAUGUCUGCCGCCUACUCAACCUAUGUCCACAGCUACAGCGCCUGGCAGGCACAGAUGGACAGCCUGCGGAUGGCCUUCGGGAAGGACUUGUCACUGGCGGCCCCUACAUCCUUCCCCAAUUGGCUGGGAUGUCCACAGCCAACACCUUCACAUCUAUGGCAGGGUAGUACCCCAGUUUCUCCCUAUUUCCCGCAGCCUUCAGUCUCUUUCCCGCAGCCUCCGAUUUUCCCGCAGCCUCCGUCUUUCCCGCAGCCUGCAGUCUCUUCCCCGCAGCCUCCGUCUUUCCCGCAGCCUCCAGUCUCUUCCCCGCAGCCCCCACACUUCCCACCUGCCUCCUCUGCAGCCACCCAGACUCCAGGACCUCUCAUUAUUCAUCAUGCCCAGAUGGUUCAGCUGGGGGUCAACAACCACAUGUGGGGCCAGACAGGGGCCCAGGCGACUCAUGACAAAACUGAGUGUCUAGAGGAUUCCUGCCUGGGCCCUCCUAGUGACCAGGGGGGACCCCAGCUUGAGACUCCAGAGUGAUCAUGUUGGAGCCCACUUGGCUAAAGUGACCGGGCUGAGCCCAACCUAGACUGCUAGAGUGGCCAAGUUGGACUUCACCUGGGUCCCUAAAGUGACAGUGGCAGAGGGAACUUUGCCUGGGCCCACACAGUGGCCAUGAAUUGGACCCCAGAGGCCAGGAAGACCUCGCCUGUAAACAUCCAGGACCCUACUGAAUAUUGGACAGGACUCUGGGACCCCAACCCACAUCCUGUAGGUGGACAGACCGCGAUGGAGCCAUAGGCUCCUCCAAGGUGCCCCCAGCGGCCAUGUGACCUUCAUUCACUGUGGCACGUGCUGUCUCUGGGGAGGUUGUGGGGCUGGGGCAAUGGAGAGGGCUCGGUCUUUAUAAUAAAGCUAAUGACGGCUGAGUCACGAGCCAGCGUCCCCACCCGCCACCGUCCACAGGAAAGACUCAGCUCCGCCAAGACUGAAAUAGAAUAGGAGCGCCAUCCGACUCCCUCAAUGGCAGGAACCGGAAUCUGUGGAUGCAUUCUCAUCCUAUUGGACACCGCGAAUCACGUGGGCUUCUGCUGCAAGGGCCUCUGGGAAACGUAGUUUUUUUUGGGUUGCCAUAACAGGAAGCCUUGUAAGGUUAGGAAAGGAGAAAAAAGACACUGGGGAAGUUUCUGGCGGUGUUGCUUUCGUGAAUUUAUUUAUUUAUAUGUGUGUGUGUGUGCCAGGCACGUGUGGUGAUCAUACGACAACCUGUUUGAGCGGGUCCUCCUUCUCCACGUGGGUCCCUGGGAUAGACAUGUCAAGCCCAUCCAGGCACAUUAAAAGUUUUUUCUUUUUUUUAAACACUUA